AUGGAUUCAACCAUGAGCAUCGUUAAAAGUCGAUCCAUUUCGAAGCCACCAUAUUUUGAUGGUAAAAAUUGCACUGAAUGGAAGAAGAGUAUGAUGAUAUUUAUGAAAUCAAAUGACUUCAAUGUUUGGCUUGUGACUAAGAAUGGGCAAAAAAUUCCAAAAAAAGUAAUAAAUGGUGAAGAAAUUGAGAAAUCUGAAGAUGAAUUAGAUGAUAAAGAUAUGAAGAUGAUGGAACAAGAAGCAAAAGCCAAACAUAUUUUAUGUUGUGCUUUAAAUCCAGAUGAUCUUUUAAGAGUUUCAAGUUUCCAUACAGCUAAGGAAAUGUGGGAUGAGCUUGACAAGGAAGUUUCAACACCUAAUGUCGAUUCUAUAACUGUAGUAUCACAAGAAGAAACGCCUGCAUUAGCAACAGAACUCAACUAUCCUAACUUUGAAUUUUUGGAAGAACCAAGUAAUGAUCUAGAGAAAAAGUUUCUCAAACUUUGUAUCCCCAUUCACAAGUUUGCUUUAGAAGGGAACUGGCCCGCAGCCAAGAGGCUUAUAGACAAAGAAAAUAAGCUGAAAAAUGCUGCCAUAACAAAUGGGUGGCCUACACUACUGCAUACUGCAGCAGCUGGAAACAUAGAAAUUGUUAACUUAUUGCUGGAAAGGAACGAGUUGUUACCGAUAAUAAGAGGUGUAAAUGGAAAUACUCCUAUUCAGUAUGCUGCUUUGCAAGGAAGAUACAAAAUGACAUGGCAUUUAUAUGAUAAAACCAUACGUUGUUUUCAAGAGAAGGAUUGGAAUUUAUUGUUCUUUGCUUGUAUCUACACUGGUAUCUAUGACUUAGCCUUGAAAAUGGUAAGAGAUAGGAAUGCACUAGCUUUUGCACGCGAUGCAAAUGAAGAGACAGCUUUACAUGUGUUGGCUCAAAGUCAAAUACCUUUGGAUUCUUGUAGUCAUAAUCAAAAACAUGAUGAGAAUCCCAUCAUGAUCAAUCCUGACAUGAAAAAACACGUGGUUUUCCAAUUGGUUAAAUUUCUUUGGACCACUAUUGUUGCUCGGUACUAUCACUCAAAGCUAGAGUUAGGAAAAAUCAGAAAUGAACCUUCCCAACUAAUAUUUGAUGCUGCAAAAGUUGGAAAUUUUGGGUUCUUAUCAGAGCUUAUUAGUGGUUAUCCUAGCUUGAUAUGGGACGUGGAUAGCAAAAACCGAACUAUAUUACACAUAGCUGUUUUGCAUCGUCAUGCUAGUAUCUUCAACCUUGUACAUAAAAUAGGGCAUAUAAAGGGUGUCAUAGUGACAUAUGAAGAUGAAGAAGGAAACACUUUAUUGCACUUGGCUGCAACAUUAGCACCACAAAGUCAACUUGAAUUGGUUUCUGGAGCUGCUUUUCAAAUGUGCCUAGAAUUAUUAUGGUUUGAGAAAGUAAAAGAGAUAAUGAUACCAGCACAAAUAAAGUGGAGAAAUUCUAAAGAUUUAACUGCGCAAGAGCUAUUCUCAAAGGAGCAUGAAAAACUAAGAAAAAAUGGAGAGCAGUGGAUGAAAAAAACUGCUGAGUCUUGUAUGCUAAUUUCAACUGUCAUUGCUACCGGAGUUUUCGCUGCUGCAACUAGUUUACCAGGAGGAACAAAUGAUGACACUGGAAAACCAAACUAUUUGUCUAAAACAUCAUUUGCGGUGUUUGCAUUAUCAGAUGCAUUGGCACUCAUCUCAUCUUCAACUGCGAUAUUGAUCUUCCUGUCUAUUCUUGUCUCACGCUAUAGAGAGUAUGAUUUUUAUAAAUCAUUGCCUUUAAAGUUAAUAUUUGGAUUGAUCGCAUUAUUCAUUUCCAUAACAAGCAUGAUGGUAGCAUUUAGCAGUGCCUUCUUCAUUAUAUACUACCAUGGUUCAAAGUGGGUUCCUAGUUCCAUUGCAUUGCUUUCUUUUCUCCCAAUACUUUUGUACAUAGGUUUGCAGUUUUCGUUGUUUUCGGAUAUUAUUUACUCAACCUACUAUUGGAGGAUGCUUUCUAAGCCAGGUAAAAAUAUGAUUUAUGUACUCAAGGAGUAG